AUGGAGGAGCACACGGAGCAUCUAGGGGUGGUGCUCCACAUUUUGGAGAAGCAUCACUGCUACAUCAAGCCUUUCAAAUGUGCCUUUGCCCAACCGGAGUUGGAAUACUUGGGGCACAUCAUUUCGGGAGGAGUAAGAGUUGACCAAAGAAAGAUUGAGGCUAUGGUGGAUUGGCCACUAUCCAAGAACAUUUUGGCAUUGAGGGGAUUCUUGGGAUUGACCGGCUACUACCGAAGAUUUAUAAAGAACUAUAGGUUGAUUGCUAAACCCUUGACCACCAUGUUGAAGAAAGGGAAGUUUGAAUGGUCACCGAAAUCACGAGAGGCAUUUGACAUUUGA